AUCAGAGAAGAGGAGUGCAAAUGUAAUAGCAAAGACGUCAGGGGUGCAGUGCUUGACACUAGACAGAAGUUUGCCGAACUAUUUCUGCUUUCUUCGACUUUUAUUCAUCUACCAGGGCGUAUUACCAUACCAUAUUUUCCUCUUACUUCAAUUUCCUUUUUCCUAUUUCUCUUGCUUUCGCGACUUGUCCUACGUACUGCUGAUCCCUCUCGGCUGACCACCAGUACUGCUUCUUCGGCUCUUGAGCACGAACUCUUCUCUGGACCGACCGCUGCAGCGAAUGUCGCUCCCUUCGCCCAGGCAUUCUGGCCGGCCAGUCACCAGGGCCCAGUCAUCCAGCCUUCCAUCUCGCCCACGACCGAUCUGGCCACUUUUCCAUGUCGGUCCUCGGGCGCACCGCCUGGGCAGUACAGCGUGCUCGGAGAAUCGGCCACGGUCAGGUCGACCGGCCAAUUGGGGCCGCAGACGCAGCAGCAGACACAGCCAACAUUAAUCCUCAAGGAGGAUCUUAUAUUUGUUGCUGUGCUGGGCAUCGGAGGCUUCGGACGCGUAGAGCUACGGGGCCAACAGCAAGUUUUCCCAUGCGUUGAUUGGUCCGCUGAGCCGGUUUCUAUUGCCUGCGCACCCCCCUUAGUCAGCUCAAUAAUUUACACUGAGGCAAUACCAUAG